ACGUCGGUACCUGAGUUGUGUGUCACAGCGAGGCUGUGUCCAAUCUCCACUGUGGAUUUAAUUGUCUUUAGCCGCGCGGGGGCGGGUCCUGCUGUCAGCUCCACUCCGGGUCACCCGUGUCUGCAUAAAGGCGUUCAGUACAGAGGAAUGGUGACAGCUGAGAGAGAGGAUCACAGUACACAGCCGCAGCCAUGAAGGAAAUCAUCUCACAAAAAGAGAAGUUACAAUGCCUGAAGGAUUUUCACAAGGACACGCUGAAACCGUCGCCAGGGAAGAGCCCAGGAACUCGGCCUGAGGAUGAGGCAGAAGGGAAGGUUACGCAAAGGGAGAAGUGGUCCAGUAAGCUCGACUUUGUUCUGUCUGUGGCCGGAGGCUUUGUUGGAUUAGGAAACGUCUGGCGGUUCCCUUACCUUUGCUAUAAAAAUGGUGGAGGUGCAUUUCUCAUUCCUUACUUCAUCUUCCUGUUUGGUGGUGGUCUACCUGUGUUCUUCCUGGAGGUUGCACUGGGCCAGUACACUUCUGAGGGAGGCAUCACCUGCUGGGCCAAGCUCUGCCCCAUCUUCACUGGUAUUGGCUACGCCUCUAUCGUGAUCGUAUCUCUACUAAACAUCUACUACAUCGUGAUCUUGGCGUGGGGCCUCUACUACCUGUUUCAUAGCUUUCAGGCGGAGCUUCCCUGGGCAAAAUGCAAGCAGCCCUGGAACACAGAAUACUGUGUGGAGGACACAGUCCGCAAAAACAAGACUUUCUGGCUGGCAGCCAACAUGACCAACUUUACCUCCCCUGUCACGGAGUUCUGGGAACACAAUGUCCUGAGCAUCUCCUCUGGGAUUGAGGACAUAGGGCCCCUGAAAUGGGACCUGGCCCUGUGUCUCCUAGCAGUGUGGGUUAUCUGCUUUUUCUGCAUCUGGAAAGGAGUCAAGUCCACUGGGAAAGUGGUCUACAUAACAGCAACUUUCCCAUUUAUAAUGCUGAUUGUGCUAUUGAUCCGCGGUGUGACUCUUCCUGGGGCAUCUGAAGGAAUUAAAUUUUACCUUUACCCAGACCUGACCCGCCUACAGGACCCAGAGGUGUGGAUUGACGCUGGAACCCAGAUCUUCUUCUCCUAUGCCAUUUGUCUGGGAGCCAUGACAUCACUGGGGAGCUACAACAAGUACAGAUACAACUGCUACAGGGACUGUUUGCUGCUGGGAGGCCUCAACAGCGGUACCAGCUUUGUGUCUGGCUUCGCAAUAUUUUCCGUCCUGGGCUUCAUGGCACAAGAACAAGGGGUGGACAUUGCCGAUGUGGCAGAGUCAGGUCCUGGCUUGGCCUUCAUCGCCUACCCCAAAGCUGUGUCCAUGAUGCCGAUGCCAACGCUCUGGGCCAUCCUCUUCUUUAUCAUGCUGCUGCUUCUGGGCCUCGACAGCCAGUUUGUUGAAGUGGAAGGACAGAUCACCUCUAUUGUGGAUCUGUAUCCAUCUGUCCUCAGGAGGGGUUACCACAGAGAGAUCUUUAUAGCUGUGAUUUGUUUCAUGAGCUAUCUCCUGGGACUUGCCAUGGUAACGAAAGGUGGCAUGUAUGUGUUUCAACUCUUUGAUUACUAUGCAGCCAGUGGUGUGUGCCUUUUGUGGGUUGCAUUCUUUGAAUGCAUUGCUGUAGCCUGGGUUUAUGGAGUCGAUAAUUUCUAUGACGCAGUGGAGGAUAUGAUUGGCUACAGACCAAACGCGUGGAUGAAAUGGAGCUGGACCUUUAUCACGCCUGUCCUUUGCAUGGGAUGCUUUGUCUUUUCCCUGGUGAAGUACAAGCCCCUGACCUAUAACAAGGUGUACGAGUAUCCUGACUGGGCCAUCGGUGUGGGCUGGUGUUUGGCUUUGUCCUCCAUGAUCUGCAUCCCAUUGGUGAUGGUCAUCAAGAUCUUGCAGUCUGAGGGAUCACUGAUUGAGAGGAUCAAAGCAGUGGCAGCUCCUGCAAAGUCAGGUGUGAGCUCCCGCCCAAAGGAGUACAACUUGACGGCCAGCGAGUUGACACAGCCCCUGGACCCAAGCGGGAACAAUGGCUUGAACAAGCCCACCGACACCAUUGUGGAAACAGUGAUGUGAGCGCUCUCUGUGAGAGGAAUACGAUUGUUGUGCUUUCUGUGUUACCUUAUUUGCUAACGUUGAUAAAGGUAGGUUUACGUUGUCCAAUAUAUUCGCGUUAGAGAGAUUCGAUUUGUAUGACGAGGGUUGUUACUGUUGUUGUAUUCUUUUUCUCUUGUUUUUUGUUUUUUUUCUACUAUACCAAUAUUGAUGUUACACUUGUUGCUGUAGCUGGCACUGAUCUCAGUUGAAGCAAUGUUUUCCGAUAGAACAUGUUCAGUGUUUAAUACCUUCCAUUGAUUCAAUUGAGAUAGGGAAUUGUUUUGUUUUUCCGUGUAAUAGAAGAAAUGAUGAAAUUCUCAUAAACCUAAAUAACUGACUAUGCAUAAGGUAGAAAAUGUCUAAACAAUCUUUGGCACCGCUUUGCCAAUUCUAACUUCUAAUAUUAGUUGUUGUGCAUCCCACAGUGAAAAUGAAUGUAGCUCUACAAUCCACCCAUAUCUCUCACGUCGUACUCACAGGAUCAUAUUUGUCGGUAGCGAUGUCCAGAAGCCCGCGUAAAUAUUGUUGCCGGAAGAAGAGAGAGGAAGAGCGGCAACGUCUUUUCACUGUUAAAUUGAUGUUACUCUGAUUUUAAGAAGUAGUAGAAGUACAAACAGAAGUCAUGUAGAUGUCAUCUCUGGAUGACCACGUACUUAACAGUAAUACAGGCUGAAACAUGUCGGUGAAAUCUCGAUGCUCAAGUUUAAUUUGAACUAUUCCAACAAGCCUGUGGAUGUCAUUACUAAGUGCAAUGACGCGACACAUGAGGUUAUUUUCAUUCUUUCUCAUUAAAUGCCGAUACAGUUUCCUAUUUGGAAUUUUUCCAUGGAAAGUUUCGAGAAAUGUUUUGUGCCCCCUAGUCCUUACAUUAAGUUUGUAUGUAAUUUGGUGGUACAACAACAUUUGAAUUCCAUUUUGGUGUAAACACAUACAUACAUAUCCAAAACAUGUGAAGGGGUAAAGUGGAUUGUGGACUGCAGAUUGAAUUUAGUUCGACACCCUUUAAAUUGCUAGUUCACCAAGGCCUUGGCCAAAUACUGUGAGAAAUGCAUUCAUAAAUAGAAACAUCCUUAAAAAAUAACCAAGAUAAAAAAAGAAAUAAUGGUAAAUAGCAGUGAAGAAAAAGAAGAGUAAGGAGAAAUGGAAAGUGGCAUUUUUAGAGUAUUUGAACACUGCCUGUGUGACUACUAUAGUCAGUCCCAGUGCAUUUAUUGAAACCUCUUUUUUGCACUUUAUAUGUCGUUUCACCUUUAUUGUAGUAUUUGUUGCGUUUGCAACACUUAUCAGGAGGAAAUAUUUUUAGCUUCUAACUUUUUGAUAUUGUAAACUUUGAUAUUCAGUAUCUGGUUGUCAACUUUAGACAAUGGAGACAAUAGAGUAGACAUUUGAUAUCAAAUAUUCUGAUUAGCCGAAAAAUAAAGCUGUGAGAGUAUAUCGUUUAAAAGUUAAAUGCGUUACUUUGAUGUCCAAACAUCCAGAUAGCUCUUUCCAUCGUGCUCAUUCAGGAUUACCACUGGAUUUUACAGAAGUUUCUAAUGUUCACUUUGGAAAUUUCUAUGUAGAAAUUGAAUUGUUUAUAAUUCACGCAUGCCUUUUUGUAACAAUUUUAUACUGUACAUCAUAUUACACCAUUAUUGAUUCAUUAUUUUACUUAAAACUCAUUAAUUUCCAAAUAUUGAAUACAUAAUGAGCCUAGAUGACGUUUUCAGUGUGCAAUACUCAUUGAAGCGAUGCCGAAUUCUCUGUUCUUUCAUAUGACAUUUGAAAGAGCAGAGAAUUCCAUACGCAUUAAAUAUAAAGUAGAUUUAAUGACUACUGAACGACUUGCACAAUUCAAUAUGAACAUCAUAGCACAUGAAGGACUCACCACAGCGCUGUGCUGCUUAGGAAUUCAUGUGUACCAAAGUAUUUUUGCCUCACAUUUUGUCCCCUUUGAGAUGCACAUUGCAUCAUUCUAUAGAUUAUGAAUAAAUAUCAUUUUCUUUGAA